AUGUCUCUCCUCACCUGCACUAACAGGCCCACUAUGGUGGAGUGACCCUGCGAGGCAGCCACGUGAAGAGGGGUCUUGUCCACUUUGGUCCGGGCGUCGCGGCUGACCCCGGCACGCAGCAGCACCUCGGCGGUGGAGUGAUGGCCGUGCUGGGCUGCGAGAUGCAGCGGCGACGAGCCCAGCUGGAGGAAGAGGAGGAGAGAGUGAGAGAGAGGGAACACGGGAUGUAAAGGAGCUGCGAGAGGGGAUUUAUAUUUAACUUUAUCCAGGGCGAGUUCACUCAUGAUAAAGCUUUUGUUUUUCACCCAAUAAUCCCAAAGUUUGUAAUCACACAGUCGCUCAAACACACGAAUCUGAGUUCAACAGCAGCUAAGGCUCAGUGUUUAAUGGAAACUCGACAAGGUUCAUUAAAGAGGGAUAAAGUCUCAGUCUCAAUCAUCUCUGGGGCAGAAGUUCAAUUCUCUGACUUCAACUUCCAGGCUGCCGCUGUGUGAGCCGAUCAAGGGUUUAGUAUUGUACUACAAUAAAGUUGGGGGACUCUUCAGAGAAAACGGUUCAAAUAUAUGCAGCAAAGGGCCACAGAUCAUGACAUUUAGUCCUUUUUUAAGAGGUUAAGUUCACUUCACAAUGCAACUCAAUAGCUUCUUUCUACACACUUCCUGCCUGGUCUGUCAAACGCCACAACACGAGUCUUUCUGUUACAAAAACUGUGGUUAAAACACAGCCAGGAUUACUCAAAAUGAUGUGAAUUCAGUACUUUUCUGAGACUUGAUGAAUCCUCCAGAGCCACACAUUAUGCUAACAAAAGAAAGAAGCUGUUACAUGACUUUCACAAGUAAUGAUCCAGUGCUCACGACAUGUCAGAUUUACUGUAAACACAAACUGUCAACUAAGUCUCGCAUUAGUUGUUCCAGUGUAGUUAUUACUGGUGCAGGAGUUUGUCAAAGGCUUGAAAGUCUCGUUCGUGUGCGUCACACACUGCGGCACAAAAGACAGCUAAUCCACCAGCGUUGACACUCCAAGGUAAUAGACAUUCAAAUCAUCAUCUGUUACAUUCACGCAGUCUGCUUUACUGAGGAAAAGAGGGACAGAUCUGGUCCAUUUCAUUAAUGGCUGCUAUUUCUCGCCUUAUUUUAAAAAUGCAGACAUCAUGUGGCAUAAAUCCACUAAGUCAUGUGACACAGUGUCACAGUCGAAUGACCGAACUCCACUUUAAAAUCAAUCCAUUUUGAGAAACCUUCAAUCUGUUCUUGUACAGUAGAGACACAGGUGGCAUUAGGGAAGAGGACAUUCAUUAGAACUCCAUUGGUGAUGCGCGCGGCGGUGCCUGUGAGCAGUAAAUUAUAAAUGAAUGUUAUAUAUACAGUAGAUGUGAUCAGAAGAGUCAGACGAAAGUGCCUGCAGGCUCUUCCAAUAAAUAAGUACAGAGAGACGAUCAUUCUAUCAAUCUGCAGAACAAAUGAAUAAACAAAAAAAUGCUAAUUAGAAGAAAUAAAUUGAUAUGUGGCAUGAUGUGUGAUGUCACAGAUAUGUGGCAUGAUGUUUGCAGUGUAUAGUCAGCGUAGUACAUGUAACUGAGAAAUGCAAAUUGCAGUAACGUUGUUGGCCUGUACCUACAUGCAGUUUGUUUUACCUUCUGUGAACAGAGAGAAAGUACGUUUGCAGGCACACGACUGAGUACAGACUGAACGGAGUAUCUGAGUGUCAUUGUUUUUCCUUCAGUAAGCGUCUGCUUGAUAUUUCUUUUACUUUUUCCUGUCUUUGAGCUCAAUAUGACGCCUCAGCAUCACUGUCGCUCUGCCACUGCAGGGUGACUUAGUCCGAAACGACACCAAGAGCUGACAAUUUCUGUUUCUUGGCAGCAGGUGAGGGUUCACACUCAUGUUAUUACGGAUUAGCCUGAAAGAUUAUUCUGUAAUUAACGCAUAUCAGCCUCACCCAGUCCGUAGUGAACGGAGCCCCAUUGGCCAUCAGGGCUUUGACAUCAUCAUCCUGUCCACCUCGCACCGCCUCCAGCAGCUGCUGCCCGAGAUACACCAGCGACAUCUGCUGACAGUCACUGCCACCAGGAGUAAUGGCGCUGAAAGAAGUCCAGCUGAAACGGGAAACCUUCUGUUGUCCGAUCUGUCUGGAUCUGCUGGAGGAUCCGGUGACUGUUCCCUGUGGACACAGUUACUGCAUGAACUGUAUUGAAUCCCACUUUGACGAAGAGGAUGACAAUGAAAUCCACAGCUGCCCUCAGUGUAGGCAGACCUUCACAACGAGGCCUGUCCUGCUGAAGAACACCAUGUUAACAGUUUUGGUGGAGGAGCUGAAGAAGACUGGAGUCCAAGCUGCUCCUGCUGAUCGCUACUAUGCCGGACCUGAAGACGUGGCCUGUGACGUCUGCACCGGGAGAAAGCUGAAGGCCUUCAAGUCCUGUCUGGUCUGUUUGGCCUCUUACUGUGAGCAACACCUCCAGCCUCAUUAUGAAUCCCCUGCUUUUGAAAAACACCAGCUGUUGGACCCCUCCGGGACGCUCCAGGAGAACAUCUGCUCUCGUGAAGAGGAGGUGAUGAAGAUGCUAUGCUGCGCCGAUCGGCAGUGUAUCUGUCAAUCCACAGUCUCGACCGCCAUGGCAGAAAGGACCACGAGGCGGGAUAAGAUCAAGCUGAGUCGACAACGCAUCAGCCACAGAAUCCAGCAGCGAGAGAAGGACGCGAAGGCGCUUCAACAGGAGGUGGAGAUGGUCAAUCACUCUGCAGAUAAAGCAUUGGAGGAGAGCGAGAAGAUCUCCGCCGAGCUGAUCCGUCUCGUGGAGAAAAGAAGCUCUGAUGUGAAGCGAGAGAUCAGAUCUCAGCUAAACGGCAAGUUGAGUCAGAUCGCAGAGCUUCAAGAGAAGACGGAGCAUAAGAUUACUUGGUUGAAGAGGAAAGACACUGGGCUGAGGAAGCUCUCACGCACCAAGGAUCACAACGAGUUUCGGCGCUGCUACCCCUCCCUGGCACGAAUCGGGAGACUUAAAGACUUCUCCGCAGUAAAUAAAAGUCCUGUGGUGCACUUCGAGGGCGUAACGGGGACCUUGUCAGAAGUCAGAGACGAACUAGAGGAGGCUCUGCGUGAGAAGUGGACCAACAUCUCACUAGGAAUGACUAAAGUGGACGUUUUACUGCCAGACCCGGAGCCCAAGACCAGAGAUGAAUUCCUGAAAUAUUCCUGCGACAUCACACUGGAUCCGAACACAGCAAACAAACAGCUGUUAUUGUCUGAGGCGAACAGAAAAGCAACAUACGUGUCCGAAGCACAGUCUUAUUCUAGUCACCCGGACCGAUUCCCUGCUUGGCCUCAGGUCCUGAGUAGAGAGUGGCUGACUGGGGUUCAUUACUGGGAGGUGGAGUGCAAAGGGAAAGGAGUUAAAGUAGCAGUUGCAUUCAAGCACACAGGAGGUUUUACAAGCAGACGUGGAUUCGGAGGCAACGAUAUGUCUUGGGCAAUCGUUUUUGACGACAGCGGAUACAAAUUCAUGUACAACAAAAACACAACUACCAUCCCAGGUCCUCAGUCCUCCAGAAUAGGAGUGUACCUGGAUCAUGGUGCAGGAAAUCUGUCCUUCUACAGCGUCUCCGAUACCAUGACCCUCCUCCACAGAGUCAAGACCAUAUUCACUCAGCCUCUCUAUGCUGGAAUCGGUCUAUUCCCAGCUUUAGGAGUCACUGCUGGAGGAGACUCAGCUGCGUUCUGCAAACUCAAAUAG